GGCACAGGAGUAGACCCGAACACCGCCUCUUUACCAGCGUGUAACCUCCGGUCUAUGUGUUUACACCGGAAGUCGAGCUUGUUUCCGGUGCUACCGUAGAUUCUGGCAUCGUGUUUGCGUCCCCACUCCUCAGGCUCAGGCAGCAGCAUCUGUGAGUGAGUGAGCGAGCAGGCGUGCGUUAGAGGGGACAACAUCUUGAAAAUGAGCCACACAGGAGAUAAUUAUGGUCCUAAACAUAAGAAAAAGAAAAAUGAAAACACCAAGAGAAUUGCUUUGCUUGAUUUUGUUGAGGAUUCCAAACGAACAGUUUCUCUUGUUGGUCUGCAAUAUUUGGUUGCACUUAAGUUGAUGGACUCAACAGAAUGUCUUAUUAAAUGUAACUUAUGCAAGUUUAAGGGAAAUGACAGCGAUAUGAGGAACCAUCUUAUUGGCUUAGAUCACUUAACGUCCUUCUUGGAAAAACAUUAUAUGUUUUUGCUGGAAGACGUGAAACGUACAGGGUUUCAAAAGCCUCAAUUAGAACUUCUGCUUCGGGAAUACGCAAAAGAGAUAGAACGUUUGGAAGGAACUGGUGCUGUUAAUAUUGAAGACGUUUUCGAAUCUGAAUUCAGGAAAGAACAAGACACCUGGGUAGAGUCAAGUGACUCUGCAAAGUACCGGUCCGGACCACAAAAAGAAUUUCCAUUCUACCGAAGAAAAAUGGCUUUAUUAUAUUCGCGAAAUCUUAAGAUUUCAUCCCAGACAGAGGCAUCUGGACUGCUGAGCCUGACACAGCAGCUGCUUAACAAUCUGGAGCAGUAUUAUCUGAAAUGUAAACCACCAUCUACCCUGGGAUCCAGUGGGAUUAUCAGUACCAUUGCCACAAAUGAAACACCAUCAAAUAUGUUGCCUUCAACUGGUAAUAAAAACAAUAACUACACAACAAACUUAGAGAGCACAAUAAUGAAAUCAUCGCGGGACAUUGAGGAACCAUCUACUUCGUCCAUGUACCAGUACACUGCAGAAUAUACACAUCGGCAGUUCACUGGACACGAGUCACAAAUUCCUGAUACAUCCGGCUACGACCAGGUCCACGUGGAACAGAACGCAGAGCGCAGAGGUCAUGUCUUUCACAGUAGCGUCAAUGACCACUUUUCAAACAUUGAAGCUACCUCUGAAAGUCAGCCUUCUGCGGCACCGAUUGUCUCUUACGCAAAGGAAUUUAUCAAUACAGAUGAGACUAACGCAAUCGUUCCUGAUCAGUCAUCGUCCCAUACCAGCAGUUCAUGUGAGCAGUCUUCUGAAAUGUCAUCAUCAAGACAUUCAGUGGGCAAAACCUCCAAAGCUCUGAGCCCUGACAUUCUGCUGCUACUUAAAGGAAAAGAUGCAAGUACUGUCACAAACAUCCUCAGGACCCUGUCUCCUUUUUAUCCAGCUCUUCAGGAUGUGAACCUUGAGAUUCUUGGCCAGGUGCUCGUUAACACUGGGGUGCUAGACUAAGAUCCUGCAGCUCUUAUUAAGAUGAAGUAAUUAGGAUGUGGAGGAUGCAUUGGAAAUCCACCUCAAUGAUGCAUGUUCAGAAAAGCUAUAUCGAAUAAAUAUAUAUAUAUAUAUAUAUAUAUAUAUAUUUAUAUACAGAUUGAUUGAUUAAGGGUGUGCAAAAGCACAAGUCUGCUUAUGUCAUUAUGUUUGUACAGUUUAAAUCUGGUGAAUGCACCCUCAGUGUUUUUCUGCAUACACAGAUAUUCAGAUUUAUCCAAGCCUCACUGCAAUCCCUCAUGGGUCACCAGUUCUUGUAAUAAAAAAAACAAAAACUUCAGAACCUCAACGCAUUUCAGUACUCUGGUUGAGUGUCUUUCUCAGCAGAUACAGGACCCAUUUGGCAUACUGAGCAUCUUUUUCAACAGGUACAGUUAUUUACCUGUUGAAAAAGAUGUGGAGCGUAUCGAAACUUAUCCAUGGCUGCACGGUUUUUGUUGUUUACAAGAACUGGUGAUCUUGUUGCAGGUGUUCUGGCUUGUAUGGUCAUUCACAACAAAAUAUUCUGUUACUCCUAAGAUGCUAUUAUUAAAGCUGGACAAUCUCCAGAAAAGCUUGACUACUUCUUAUAUGUUAUACGCAGAGAUCUUUAAGCAAUACUAUUUUUUUUUUUUUUAUUAUUAUUGUUCAUUUUAAAAUCUUACUACAUUGCAGCACAGCAUCCUGGGACAAACCGAGAAUCUUUUUGUUGCAGGUGAUCAGAAAACCUGCAACAAAUGAAGGCAAUUCAUUCAGUUGGAUCAAAUCGAUCCCAACUCUUCCUUCAGGUCCUAGAUGUUUACGUUCUGGUCAAAAAUACCUUGUGAAACAGGUACUCUGUAUGUUGAGUCGUACUGUACCUGUUGAAAAAUACUUAGCCAGUUUAAUGAAAGGUGGCCACGGUUCUGUGGUUUCUUUGACAAGAAUUGUUAACUAUCCAGGACUUCUGGGAGUGUGGCAAAGCUGGGAUCGACUUAACCAUUGAUUGAAACUUGCUUACAUGCCUCAUUACUUCACAGUUCUAGUAUGAGUCCCAUUAGGAAAUAUAAAUGUUAGCUCUCUGUUACUGUACAUGCCUUUGUAACCUUAAAAUGUGAGUUGAUUAAUAAAAACAUUUAUCUCUUUGA